AUGUCACAAGCUGGAAAAGAUGGUACUUUCCAACCCGUUCCUGAGGCUCAAGCCCAGAACCUCCCUGGAACGGAGAAGGCUAUGAAUCCUACUAGCGAGUCUACUAAGCUAGAGGGCAAGGGUGAAUUCGUCGAGUAUCGUGCUGCCAACAAGCUCGAGAACGCCAAAGCUCUCAUCACCGGCGGAGACUCCGGUAUUGGUCGCUCAGUAGCCGUCCUCUUCGCUCGUGAAGGUGCUGACGUGACAAUCGUCUACCUCCCCGAGGAGCAAGAAGACGCCGAAGAGACCAAGAAGAUGGUCGAGAAGGAGGGCCGCAAGUGUGUUUUGUUCGCCGGAAAUCUCAUGGACAACGAGACUUGCAAGAACGCCGUCCAGAAGCAUGUUGAUGAAUUCGGAAAGAUCGAUGUUCUGGUCAACAAUGCCGCGAAGCAGAUCAUGUGCGAGGACUUUAAGGAUAUUGAUUUGGAGAAUGUCGAGAGCACUUUCCGAAGCAACAUCCUUCAAAUCUUUGCCAUGACGAAAUAUGCUCUUCACCACAUGGAGAAGGGUGGAUCCAUCAUCAACUCAACUUCCACAGUUGCCUUCCGUGGUACCGCCGCAAUGGUCGACUACGCCUCUACAAAGGGCGCCAUCACUUCAUUCACACAAUCGCUGUCCAAGCAGCUCGUCAAGAAGGGUAUCCGAGUCAAUGCCGUCGCUCCUGGACCUGUGCACACUCCUCUCCAGCCUGCCUCGCGCCCGGCUGAGCAAAUGGAGGGAUUUGGAAAGCAGUCACAGCUGGGUCGUGUUGGACAACCAAGUGAGAUUGCACCAAGCUAUGUGUUCUUGGCUUCCAAGGACGCGACGCUCUUCUAUGGACAGGUGCUUCAUGCCUAUCCUCUUGGCGACUAA